UCCGCCGUCGCUGCCAGGGAACCGCUGGGGGCUGGGGAGAGGGAGACGUGCACAGGAAUGUGGAGACCGAGGGGUGAGGUUUCCCAGGAACAGAUUUCGAGGCUGCACCCGCUUGAGGAUGGCUGAUAGUCCCUCUCAGUCCGAGCUGCUGGCUUCGCAAGAACUCAAUGGCGACUUUAAGAAGCCAGCCCUGCCCGUGCCCCCGGCGGUGCGGGGCAAGGCCCCGGCCACCAGUCCUUCACACCCUGAGGAGGUAAACAAGCAAAGGCCCACGGCGCUGCCGGACUCCGAUUCCGCGGAGCCUGACGUCCCGCCGGCCCUGCCGGACAGCGGCGAGACUUGGGGUCCAGCGGAGGAGCAGCCGCGGCCCAGCACAGCGGCUCCUUGCCCUGGCGGCCCGGUCCGGGCUCCCCCUUACCAAGAGCCGCCCUGGGGCGGCCCCGCCACGGCCUCCUACAGCCUAGAGACACUGAAGGGCGGCACCAUCCUUAGCACCCGGAGCUUGACAGGGAUGAGUUGCUGCCUUUUCGGGAGGCUCCCUAGCUGCGACGUGUGCCUGGAGCAUCCUUCGGUGUCUCGCUACCACGCCGUGCUGCAGCACAGGGUGUCCGGCCCCGAUGCAGAAUGCGACGACCCCGGGCCUGGCUUCUACCUCUACGAUUUGGGAAGCACCCACGGCACUUUUCAUAAUAAAACCCGCCUCCCCCCUCGCACCUAUUGUCGGGUCCACGUCGGGCAUGUUCUUCGCUUUGGAGGUAGCACCCGGCUCUUUCUUCUUCAGGGACCGGAGGAGGACCGAGAGGCAGAAUCUGAGUUGACAGUAACGCAAUUAAAGGAAUUGCGCAAGCAGCAACAAAUGAUGUUGGAGAAGAAGAUGCUGGGAGAAGACUCAGAUGAAGAAGAGGAAAUGGAUGCCGCUGAAAGAAAGAGAAAUACUAGUAGUCAAGAUGAUGAAAUGGGCUGCACCUGGGGAAUGGGAGAAGAUGCUGUAGAGGAUGAAGCUGAAGAGAACCCCAUUGUCUUAGAGUUUCAGCAGGAAAGGGAGGCCUUUUACAUAAAGGAUCCAAAAAAGGCUCUCCAAGGUUUUUUUGACCGAGAAGGAGAAGAAUUAGAAUAUGAAUUUGAUGAACAGGGUCAUAGCACUUGGCUUUGCAGGGUGAGAUUACCUGUGGAUGAUUCAACUGGAAAACAGCUUGUGGCUGAGGCUAUUCACUCAGGAAAGAAAAAAGAAGCAAUGAUCCAGUGCUCACUGGAAGCUUGUCGAAUCCUUGAUACUUUGGGAUUGCUACGGCAAGAGGCAGUAUCUCGGAAAAGGAAAGCCAAGAACUGGGAAGAUGAAGACUUUUAUGAUAGUGAUGAUGACACGUUUCUUGAUCGGACUGGCCUGGUUGAAAAGAAGCGUCUGAACCGAAUGAAGAAGGCUGGGAAGAUUGAUGAGAAGCCAGAGACCUUUGAAUCAUUGGUUGCAAAGUUAAAUGAUGCUGAAAAGGAACUCUCUGAAAUUUCUGAGAGACUGAAAGCCUCCAGCAAAGCUCUAUCAGAGUCCCCAUCUCAGGACUCUUUAGAUGCGUUCAUGUCAGAAAUGAAAUCGGGGAGUGCAUUAGAUGGUGUGUCCCGGAAGAAACUUCACCUGAGAACUUUUGAAUUGAGAAAAGAGCAGCAGAGACUUAAAGGGUUGAUAAAAAUUGUAAAGCCAGCAGAGAUUCCAGAACUAAAAAAAACUGAAAGUCAGGCUACAGAUGGAGAAAACAAAGCUAAAAAGCUUACAUUGCCUCUCUUUGGUGCCAUGAAAGGAGGAAGCAAAUUCAAAUUAAAAACUGGAACAGUGGGGAAGUUACCCCCCAAGCGUCCAGAGCUCCCUCCAACUCUAAUGAGAAUGAAGGAUGAGCCUGAAGUAGAAGAGGAGGAAGAGGAAGAGGAAGAAGAAGAGCAAGAGGAGAAAGAAAAGGAGGAGCAUGAAAAGAAGAAAAUGGAGGCGGGAAGCAGUAGGCUACAGCAGGAGACAGAGCCAGAAGGAGCAGUGCAGGAAAUGAGUCCUCCCCCAGACUUCACGUGUUCUAAAGAAACAAAAAACCAUGAAAACAUGUCUCAACUCAGCCAAGUGGAACAGAAUGAAGAUUACCAAGAGAUUAGUGAAACAGCUGCAUCGUGUGAGGAACCUUCAGCAUCAAAGAAUGAAUAUGAGAAAAGCAGAGAUGAACUGAAGAAAAAGAAAGCUCCUGGUCCAGGCAAACUUCCACCGACACUUUCCACCAAAUAUCCAGAAGAUGACCCAGAUUACUGUGUAUGGGUCCCACCUGAAGGCCAAAGUGGAGAUGGCAGGACCCAUCUUAAUGACAAGUAUGGCUAUUGAUAGCUUCCGAAUCCUAAAGGAAGACCUUGUGGACCAUGUGACAUGGGGUAUUUAGAAUAAUAUAUCAAGCUGAAUGUCCAGAGAAGGAGUUCAGAUGAUCAUUUGUAAAAUCUGGUGACUGACCUUUUCUUCUGUGCUCUUGGCUUCCAAAAUUUAUCUACCCAUCUGAUUCUCUUGAAUUUGGUAUUCAUGUUUAAAAGUGUUUGUGUAUGUAUGUAAAAAGAACCGUAUAUUUUGAGAAUUAGUAAUGUGAGAGACAUGACUCUAUUAAAAUAAGAAGGUGGAGGUGUCUUGUGUUUAUUUAAGGCCACAACGUCUUUCUUAAGCUUUCGGGACUAUGCUUUUACUGAGCAGUAGAGUGCUUCUGGCAGUUAGGCUCUAGGAUUCACUGGUAAUUGCCUCCUCAGAUAAGUGUUGAAAUUGAGGUCAUGC